GUCUUUUAAGUCUGUGGCUAAUUGUCAAUAACAGUCAUUUCAUAAAAGAUGGCUCCCAGCCGGAGUAUCUUAGGAUUUUUAAAUCCGAAGACCAUUAGCGCAGUUAUUUCUAAUACUGUAUCAAAAACUUCCUGUAGGUUUAUACACAUAAAUAGUAAUUACUGUGAACAUUACUUAGGCGCUGCCAUUCUUUCUGGUGCCGGUCUUGGUCAUAAAAAUUUUAAGUAUGUCGCAACUCACAAUUAUCGGUAUAUUCACACGACGAACAUCUUAAAUGCAAGAGUUGAUUACUAUAAAGUUCUCGGUGUGUCUAAAAACGCGUCAUCCAAAGAUAUCAAGAAAGCGUACUAUCAGUUAGCAAAAAAAUAUCAUCCUGAUGCAAACCAGUCUGAUCCAGAAGCUUCAAAGAAAUUUCAAGAAGUUUCCGAAGCUUAUGAGAUCCUGUCAGAUGAAUCAAAGCGCAAACAGUAUGACACUUACGGUACAACAUCUGAGCAAAUGGGAAUGGGUGGUGGACCAACAGGUAGUGAUGGUUUCACACACCAGUGGCAAUACAAAUCCACCAUAGAUCCAGAGGAACUCUUUCGUAAGAUAUUUGGUGAUGCUGGAUUCAAGAGUGAUACUUUCAGUGAUUUUGCUGAGAGCCAGUUUGGAUUUGGUGCUGCCCAAGAGGUAAUAGUCAAUCUCCGUUUCACGGAAGCAGCUCGUGGUGUGAACAAAGACAUAAACUUAAAUGUGGUAGACACUUGCCCUAAAUGUCAAGGUUCACGGUGUGAACUUGGAACCAAAGCUAUAAAAUGCACAUACUGCAAUGGCACAGGCAUGGAAACUUUCUCGAGAGGACCUUUUGUGAUGCGUUCCACAUGCCGACACUGUCAUGGUACCAGGAUGUUGAUCAAGUUUCCAUGUGGAGAGUGUGAGGGGAAAGGGCAGUCUGUUCAACGCAAGAAAGUGACAGUUCCAGUACCUGCUGGGGUAGAAGAUGGACAGACAGUGCGUAUGUCUGUUGGAAAUAAUGAAGUGUUCAUCACAUUCAAAGUUGAACCUUCUUCAUAUUUCAAAAGAGAUGGGCCAGAUGUGCACACUGAUUGCUCUAUAUCAGUGUCACAGGCAUUAUUAGGUGGGACAGUCAGGAUUCAAGGUUUAUACGAAGAUCACACAUUGCAGAUAAUGCCGGGCACGUCAUCUCAUAGCACCAUACGUUUGUCACGAAAAGGAAUGAAGCGAGUGAGUCAACACGGCUAUGGUGAUCAUUAUGUCCACAUAAAAAUACAGGUUCCUAAAUCGCUGAACGCCAAACAAAAAGCUCUGGUGUACGCUUACGCAGAACUAGAGGAAGACACUCCUGGGCAGAUACAAGGAGUCUCGUACGAUCGAAAUGAAAAAUCGAAAAAUACCGGUACUGAGAAUAUACACCGUUACAAUCGAGAUAACGAGGAUACAGAAAAUGACAGAGGCAAAGCGUGGAGCUUUAUAGAAAGUCUCGCGGAAACUUAUAGACAUAAUAAAACUUUUUUUCUGGCAGGUUUCUUUACAUCGAUUGUGUUAUGUCUGUUAGCUAUUAUGAAUGAUCCUCAAAACAGGCAGGUGGAACGGUAUACUAGAGAAUGGGAUAAUAAGGAGAUUCGAGACGUGGAUAAACCUUUGGGCUAUGAAAGAACCAUUCAAAAGCAGAAGGAUGAGAAUCCAAAAUUGUAUGAAGUUUAGAGAGUUGGAAUGUGAUUUUUCAUAUUCAUGAAUUGUUAGUUUUGCAUAGCAAAGUGAGUUGGCGUUUUCUCUAUAGCGUGGAUUGGACUCCGCAUACGAAUAUGAUCUCGCACGUGAAAUUGACUCCGCGCGCGGAAUUAGUUCACAUGUGAGAAACGGGUUGCGGAGUUUUAUUCAUUUAUUAAAGAAAACAUUGGGACAUGAAAGCGCAUUUGAAAUGAAGUAUAGUAUGUAGAAUUUCUAUAAAGACAGUGUCUAUUUUAUAAUGUAAAUAUUGAUCUAUUUAUAUUUAUGUAUGGAAGUAUUCUUGAAUACAAUUCUAAAAGUGAGUUUUGCAUGUGUGAUGAUAUUUAGCAAGGGAUAUAGUAUGAUGGUCACAAUAUUGUUCUGACAUUGUAAAUUAUUUCAUGAAUACACAAAAUUAUAAAGUUG